AUGUCUUUUCAGCCCCUGCUCUGGUCUCAACGAGAUGAUGAUAUUCCCUCAUCGCUGGAUUCAAGCAUCUCUCCUCCGCUAGUCAGUAGACAACCUUCAUUACGGAGCAGUCUAGAGCCACAAACCAUAGCGCCACAAAGCAGUUCCCAAAACACGGACUCGAAGACAACCACUUUUGCCGAUCAUGAGACUGCCGAUCAUGAGACUGCCGACCUUCCCGGGUCUGCACACACCCCUGUUGCGUUGCACAGCCUCAAACAGUUCAUGGAAGCGCCAUUGCCCAUGCAGGUAUUCCAACGAUACAUUCGAAGCCGAAAGGCUACCGCGAACCAAGUUAUGACAUGCGAGACACUCACCCAUGAGGCACCUACCGACUCACAGCCGGACGCCUCUUCUCUGAUUGGCGACAAGGGAGAUGAGUCAGAACCGGGAGGGCAUUUGUUCAUCGCCCGGUUUCUGCAUCCCGCUUCACAUCAAGUGGGACGCGUACGGGGCUGGAAAUCCGCCAGGCGACUGAUGCCGUGCGUCGCAAGGAACUGGGUCAAGUUUCAUUUAAAUCCUGACCUAGACCAUCAGGAAUUAGGACGUCAGGAAUGGAACCGACGAGAGCCAGAAGGCUAUGAGGUUGACGGCCCCCGCAGUUGCGGCAACCGUUCUGGGGAAUAUCAAGGCCCCGACCGUUACCAGGGAGAGGACCAUGUGCCGUUGGGUACGAACGGGACGCGGUCCGAAGCGCCGUCUUCCGAGAUGUUCGGGGGAUCGACAGGUGAGUGUCCACCCCCCGACCGGUGGGCUGCGUCUAGUGAGGAGUUAUCCUUCCGUCACUCGGAGUUAUCCUUCCGUCACUCGGAGUUAUCUUUCCGUCGAUCGGAGUUAUCCUUCCAUGAGAGUCCUCGAUGGGGAGUAGGCGGCGGUCGCUUUAUGGCUGGAGGUCAUCGGGAGCGGCGCUCAGUGGUUGUUGGGCUGGCCACGGCGUAUGUGGCGUCCAGCAUCUACGCCUUCGGCGGGUGUUCCAGGGCUCCGGGGGACACCGAGUUGCGCUACCUUGACUUGGACCGGGGCGAAUGGCGACCGGUGGGCGUGGGGCGAAACAGCCCACUGCCCUGCAGCCGAUGGGGGCACAGCAUGGUCGGCUACCGCGACCAGUUUCUCGUCCUGUUCGGAGGUGAUUCGGCCCACGGUCACCUUAACGACCUGUGGACCUUCGAUCUACGGGGAGAGGAUCUGCAGAAAGAGGAUCUGCGAGAAAAGGACUUCUGGGGAAAGGACAUCGGAGAGGACAUCGGGGAGAAUAUGCGGGGGCAGAAGGCGGUGUGGACGAGACACGCGUACCAUAGCGACCCACCGGCACCGCGAUCGUUGCACAGUGCCGCGGUCUGGCGGAACUUUUUGGUGGUUUUCGGUGGCAGCAACGGCGCAGUCGUGUUCAACGACCUCUGGCUCUACGACUUGGACUGUGGCCUCUGGGCCGAAGUCAUUCCCAGCACAGUUCUCCCGACCGAGAGCAUCUUGGCGGAAAUGGAACUUGGAGUCCCCUUCACACCGAUGGCCCUUACGAUUCCUUCUCUAGACGCGGGAGACAGCAGACGCGGGAACCGACGCGGGUGGCCGUCGGAACGGGCGGGCCAGGUUGCAUGCGUGCAUAGAGAUUGGCUCUAUAUCUUUGGCGGCGCGUGUUGGGGGGAAAUAUACAAUGAAGUUUGGCGAAUCAGUUUGGUGGAUGCCAAGAUGCUCACCCGGACGAGGAGACCGCCGCUGCCUUGGAGCGUCUCACGUUCCUGGGAGCUGGUGAGCACAAUGGGUCCGGAUCCCUCGGCCAAGACGCGGCAUGCCGGUACCGUCGUAGGCGACAACCGGUGGAUGAUGUACGGCGGUCGUGACUGCCAACUCUCAACCUUAGACCUAAACACCCUCCGCUGGACCACCGAACAUCUGUACACUUCUACCAUGGACCCAGAUGGCUGGGGCCCAGAUGGCUCCGACCCAGAUCGCUCCGACCCAGAUCGCCUCGACCCGGGCUGGAGGCAACCGGCAGCGGUAAAGGAGGUUGCGCCAGAACAGAGAAAGACUUGGUGGACCGCUCCUGAAAUACUGCGCAAGAGAUCUCGCCUUCAUGGUCACUCAGUCAGCUACGAUAACAGACGAGGAAUCCUGGUCGUACUCGGUGGUUGUGAUGGAGGACUUGUAGAAGCGGAUAAUACAAUUCUCGUCAAAGGCACCAGCUGGACGGCUGUGGCCCUCUACCAGUUGCGCCCCUGUGCCUCCCGAGCCCCGCCGGGGUCGGUUGCACGACUCCUCGCUGAUCAUUUCAAUAUCAUUGGUGUCGGAAUCAUCUCAUUCCUGUGA